AUGACAAAGAAAGAAACUCGCGAUGCUGAAAGACUCGAACAAAUUAGAACUAGAGUCUUUGUAGAACGAGAUCAAGUUUCCAAUGUAUCAUCAAGUGAUAUUCCUUUUCAUAUGUAUAUUUAUGAUAACACGUCAAUUAUACAAGAUGAAGUAUUGGCACAUAGAUUAGGUUUAAUACCAAUUAAAGCAAAUCCCGACGUGUUUAAUUAUAAAAUUGCAUCAGAUGAUCCAACAGAUUUAAAUACUGUAGUAUUCAAGAUUAAACAUGAAUGUACCUUUAACGCUCAAGCAUCAAAAGAUGAAACUGACCCCAAAAAAUUGUAUACCGGGUCAAAUUUAUUGUCAAAUUCUUUAAUAUGGAAUCCAAGAGGUGAGCAGGCUACAAUAUUUGCAAAUAAUCCAUUAAGACCUGUACAUGAUGAUAUUCUAAUAGCACAAUUGAGGCCCAAUCAGAGAAUUGAACUCGAAGCACAUUGUGAAAAAGGAAUUGGUAAAGAACAUGCAAAAUGGUCACCUGUAGCAACAGCAACCUAUCGGUUGAUGCCAGAAAUAAUUAUGAAAAAAGAAAUAACUGGAGAUUUGGCUGAUAAAUUUGCAGCAUGUUUUACUAAAGGAGUAGUCAAAGUUGAAAAUAAAAUAGUUGAAAAAAAAAAUGUAAAGUAUGCUAAAGUUGUAAAUCCAAGAAUUGAUACAGUAAGCCGUGAGGUUUUAAGACAUAAAGAAUUUGAGGAUAUUGUUCAAUUAACGAGAAUACGAGAUCAUUUUAUAUUUACAGUCGAAUCAACAGGAAUUUUAGAAUCAGAAAAGAUCUUUACUGAUGCACUACAAAUUUUAUCAUCAAAAUGUACAAGAUUAUUAGAAGCAUUAGAAUCAACUCAAUUAGAAAAUAAACAACAAGAAGUGGCAAAAUUUCACAAGGAAAUUGCCAGCCAAAAGGAAAGCAAGAAUUAUUUACAGGGAUUGUUGAAUAGUUUACUUGGUGGGUUAGUUGGCUAUGCAGGAAAUGGCAAAAAUGUUUCGGAACAAGAAGUUAAAGAAAUAGUGAAAGAGGUGAAUAAUUUGCGGGAACAGGUUGGUUUGAGUUAUCCAAAAGAUUAG